ACGUCAUGUCACUUGCUGCCGCGUGACGUCACGAGGGACCAGGAAGUUGCCGCUCGGCCCGUGCACUGUUAUCCGAGGCCACGCCCGCUUGAGCUGCUGUAACGCUCUUGUUUUCAGAAGCGACCUGCCCACAACAACAAUAACAACAAGCUGUCGCUGCCUCUGCAGAAGUGGUCUCAUGGAGCAAAGGCAGUCGGUGCAGCUCGGUGCAAAAAGGCAACAAUGCGACCGGUGUGCAUACAGUACGGAUUGUCCUGCACAUUUGACACGGCACCAGAGAACUCACACAGGAGAGAAACCCUUCAAGUGCAGUGUGUGUGGGAGGGCGUUUGCACGUUUAGCUACUCUUGUAACACACAAGAGAAUACACACGGGAGAGAAACCCUUCAAGUGCAGUGUGUGUGGGAAGGCGUUUGCACAGUCAUCUGCUCUUGUAACACACAAGAGAACACACACGGGAGAGAAACCCUUCAAGUGCAGUGUGUGUGGGAGGGCGUUUGCAUUUUCAUCUGCUCUUGUAACACACAAGAGAACACACACGGGAGAGAAACCCUUCAUGUGCAGUGUGUGUGGGAGGGUAUUUGCAUGUUCAGCUCAUCUUGUAGCACACCAGAGAACACACACAGGAGAGAAACCCUUCAAGUGCAGUGUGUGUGGGAAGGCGUUUGCACAGUCAUCUAAUCUUGUAGCACACCAGAGAACACACAUGGGAGAGAAACCCUUCAAGUGCAGUGUGUGUGGGAAGGCGUUUGCACAGCCAUCUACUCUUGUAGCACACCAGAGAACACACACGGGAGAGAAACCCUUCAAGUGCAGUGUGUGUGGGAAGGCGUUUUCAGAUUCAUCUGCUCUUGUAACACACAAGAGAACACACACGGGAGAGAAACCCUUCAAGUGCAGUGUGUGUGGGAAGGCAUUUUCAGAUUCAUCUACUCUUGUAAAACACAAGAGAACACACACGGGAGAGAAACCCUUCAAGUGCAGUGUGUGUGGGAAGGCGUUUGCACGUUCAGCUCAUCUUGUAAAACACCAGAGAACACACACGGGAGAAAAACCCUUCAAGUGCAGUGUGUGUGGGAAGGCGUUUGCACAAUCUUCUCUUGUCAGACACCAGAGAACACACACGGGAGAGAAACCCUUCAAGUGCAGUGUGUGUGGGAAUGCGUUUUCAGAUUCAUCUACUCUUGUAGGACACCAGAGAACACACACGGGAGAAAAACCCUUCAAGUGCAGUGUGUGUGGGAAGGCGUUUGCAUGGUCACCACAUCUUCAAAGACACCAGAGAACACACAAGCAUCAGAAGAUCCACCAGGAGUGGAGUGUGAAAUCAGCUUGUGAAAGUCAAAGUGCUGCAAUGAGCCCAUCCCUCAUCAAACAAGAACGGGAAGAAAAUCCCAGCUUGGACACUUUUAAAGGUAACGAGGUGAAAUGUGAAGACGUGAUGGUGAAGAGCCAAGAAGUGAAGGUAAAAUGUGAAGAUGAAGAUUCAACUCCAAAAUCGGACCUUCGCAUCGAUGGAGACAACGUGAAGCAGGAGGAGAAUUCUGACUGUGAGGCAGAGCGAGACAACUCACAGCAGUUUGUGGAAGUGGAGGUGUGGGUGGACUUCCUCCGAGACAAUACAAAGUCAAAUGGAAACCCGGGAGAUGCGUAAGCCUUAGACCAGUGGUUCUUAACCUGGGUUCGAUCGAACCCCAGGGGUUCGGUGAGUCAGUCUCAGGGGUUUGGCGGAGGUUAAGACACACCUGACUCAUAUGAUUGUGCACCAGUAAAACAUGUACCUAUGUUUUGAAUUUAAAAAAAUAUUUUAUUUUUCCAAUUAAGAAGGGUUCGGUGAAUGUGCAUAUGAAACUGGUGGGGUUUAGUACCUCCAACAAGGUUAAGAACCACUGCCUUAGACGAUGCAGCUCCAAUAGAUGCACCCUUGUCACAGGCCUUUAAUGACAAGAAUGUGAAGUUGAACACUCAGUUCCUAGGUUCAACCUGCAGGGUAAGAGCGGCCAGUCUUUAUGGACCUGUGUGUUGGGUAGAUCUCUAACCAGGAGCGAAUGCCAAUAUGCUCCCAAGCAUUCACUGUUAUCAAUUGCAUUUAUAUUGUGCUUGCUUAAUUGCCUCAGCAAUUCGGAGUUUUCAUCGUAUCUCGUCUUAAACACUCCAAGAGCAUCCCCAAGUAGCAGCUGCCCCUGUGUGGCACAAGGUGGUAUCCCUUUACCGGUCUGCAUGUGGACAAGAGCCUGUCAGUAGGGGGCGAUGGUUGAUGUGGUAUCUCAGUUGUGGAGUUUGUAGGUAAUGUUUAGAACUUGCUACAUUUUUACCCAGAUGCCAGCAUGCAAUGGCCGACUCGUUUUGAAUGGUGCAUUAGUAUGUUGUACAUACACUUAUAAGCAGACGGUGCGUAUUUUUUUUCGUUAGCUUUUUGUUAAUAGGAUGUAACCUAAUAUUUCAGUGCAAUAAUUCAAUUUUGUUAAUAUGCCUGUCACGAAUUUAGAAUGAAUACUUGUCUGAUGGUGUGCGUACAUGUAACCUUUUGUCUACAAGGGUCAAACAUUGAAUGAGUCAUGUUAGGACACAGUGUGUGUUUUGCAAGUAACCUGUACAGAUAACUCAGGUAAGACUCAUAGUUCUUGUGAUACAGGUCAAAGGGUACUUUUGUGUUUUCAGGAAGCGUCUGCCUUUGGAGCAACUAAUUGUCUUUGAAAUAGGGAGCACACUCGGAUCAUUCAUCAGUUAAAAGGCAUACCACUCAAAAGUUACACGUAGUGGAGAUACAUUCUCUACAACUUGAAUUAUAAUUUUGUAUUAUGUGUUGACGUAGAUUUUGUCGAAUUAGGAUGAGAAAUGAUCCUUGCUGAUUAACGUCUGGAUUCUAGAUUUGAAGCUUUCGUGACUGCAAUGAUUCAUAUUCUUAGGUUUUUUUCGGUAAAGUCACGUAGGUAAAAACAUUAAUAAGUAAAAUAAAAUAAAAUCACGACGUUUC